CGUGUCAGUUAUUGUCACAAAAUUUUAUAUUUUUGAUUAUUUUUAUCCAAGGAUUUUAUUUAAAAACCUAGGUAUUGUUAUCCAUUAUUUUAUAAUUGUAGAUUAUUUUCCUCUUUAUUAAGUAUAUAAAAAAGUACUAUCUACCUGCUUAAGUUAAGAGUUAUUAAUAAAUCAAGCACAAGAUCAAAAAAACUGUUCCAAAACGAAAACAAAUAUUUUGCUAUAAUAUUUGACCAUCCAUAAACGUAUAUCUUUUUAUAAUGGAUGAUAUUCAACUUACUGAAUUAGAAACUGAAGGUGCACUUGAAAUAGUGUAUAAAGAAAUGUGUAGAAUAUGUUUGAGGCCAGGCGAAAUUCCUAUAUUUGGGGAUGACGAUACACCGGAUAUUUCGGCAGAAGUUAUAACUUUUGGCGAGGUAGAUAUCAGUUGCGAAGACCAACUUCCUCAGCAUUUAUGUGUCUUCUGCCAUAAAUUAUUGCAAGGAGCAAUACUUUUUCGAAACACAGCAAAAGAAUCAGAAAUGAUAAUUAAAUCUAAUGAUUAUUUAGUAGAGGAUAAAAACUUAGAUGUUGAUGGAGAGGAUCCAAAAUAUGAAGCAAAGAAUAGUGAAAAUUGCAUGUCCGAUUAUAGUUCAGAAAGUGGCGACUUGAAAAUUGUUGAUGAUUAUGAUACAAGUGAUAUUAAUACAAGUUUUGAACAAAAACGCAAAGGUAAUGAAACUGACAUUAUAAUGAUUGUCGUUUCUGAUGAAGAAAUGGAAAUAAACAGUAGAAAUCAAACAAAAUAUAGUUGUGAAUCUUGCAAAGUGAAUUUUCAAACAUCUGAUGACUAUUGUCAACACAUGACAACAAUAGAACAUAAAGAGAACAUGAAGCAAAUACAAAAUUUAGAAUGUUAUAUAUGUGACAAGUUUAUUGGUAAAGAUUAUUAUGUUUCUCACAUGACAAAACACAGUUUUGAUCCAGUACAAAUUGCUCCUGAUAAAUAUAUAUGCAGGUUAUGCAACAAGGUUUUACUCUCUGAACAAGCUUUGAAAAUACACAAAGAGUGUGAAGUACAUAAUAUGUCUAUUAAAGAUGCUCAAACAAUUGAGUGUCCAGUUUGUCAUUGUAGUGUAAGUAAAAUUGAUUUAAAAUUGCACAUUAAAACCCAUAUUCAAACUUGGCUUGAACAUGGCCAAGGUAAUAAAGAGAAAUGUCUAAUUUGUGACAAGAAUUUCGAUUCUGCUUAUUACAACAAUCAUUUAAAAAUAAUUCAUAAUAAAGAGAGCAAAAAUGUAUUAAGCCAGAUAAACAGGGAAAGUAAAGAUAAAUCUAGAAUGACAUUUAUAUGUGAUAAGUGUGGUAAAGUUUUUCAUAAUCCAUCCAAUUUUAAAUUGCAUUACCAAACUCAUGGGGGAGAACUCAAAUAUAAAUGUAUGUUUUGUCCGUAUCGAGGGCUACAACAGGGGUUAUUAAAGAUUCACAUUAGAACUCACACUGGGGACUACAACUACGAAUGUGACCAAUGUCAAGCACGCUUUAUCACUAAAAGUAAUCUUGACAAACAUAGAAGAACACAUAUAGGUCCAAUACAUUUUAAGUGUAAGACAUGCAACAGAGGUUUUUAUACUAAACUUAGUUUAGAGAGGCACAAUACUGUUGAUCAUUUAGGAAUUAAGAGACAUGUGUGCAACAUAUGUGGGAAGGCAUUUGGUUAUAGAAACUACAUGAUGUGUCAUCAAUUGAAGGUUCAUAAACGGGAGAGACUGACAAAAGGGAAAGGUCGUCUACCUAAUUACUUGGUAUCUGAUAAAAAUUAUGUAAAUAAAUGUUGUUGAUAAGUCAGUUCUGUUUUAUUUAUAAACUAAAUUUCACAAGGUGGUUAAAAUUGUGUAUAUGUGUGCAAAUGAGUGAGAAGGAAGCAUUAUGUCAUUCAUAAUGUACAUAUGUAAUGGAACUCUACAAAUGUCUGAGGUAUCGUCAAAGAAAAUAUAGAAAGCAAAAAGAAAAUAAUUUAAAUAUGUGAGAUUUAAUAUGUAAUCACCAUGGAUUUAAUAAGUACUUCGUACAAAGUACCUACUAAUUCCAUGGUAAUCACGGAUUCUGUGUACCUAUGUAAUAUUAAUAUCACUUUUAAGGUUGGUUAAAAAUACCAGUGCUUCCUAUUUAUAAAACUUUGGCUGUAUACGCAAAUAACUGGGCCAUAAACUAGGUACUGAAACAGCUGAAGUUUUGCUGUCAGUCAAGGCAAAAUAAAUAAACCAUGCAUUUGUUUACAUGUUUUUUUUUCAUCGAAAUAGGUAAGGCACCUAUUCGAAUUAUGUGACCUACUUCGAUCCUAUCAACCUACUGUAGGUCGUUGGUUUUUGUAUUAUAAUAGUUACUUAUGUAAAAGAUUUAUAGCAAUUGUGAUAAAUCACCAUAAGGUUGAAGUGAAUUCUAUCGGUUAAAAUGGUGACUGCUUAUUACAUGAUGAAAAUGGCCAAGAACAAUACAAACCCUUCAAUUUGCAACUACUAUAAUGAUUUACCGAAUUUAAAAAAAAUCGAUAACUUGCAGACAAGAUGCCGUAUAUGUUUGAAAACUGGGACUUUAUCUAUAUUCGACGAUGAAACUUACAAGAUUUCUGAAGUAUUGCAAUGUUUUACAGACAUAAAAAUUAGGCGAGACGACAAUAUGCCGAAACUACUUUGUGAGACAUGUUACGAUUUCACUAAGGCCGCAUUAUUGUUCAGAAGAACCGCAAAGCGAUCUGAUGAAAUAUUUCAGAAGUUAGUAAAGAAUGAGAAUGUUUCUUAUUCCCACAAUUCUGACCAUGACUGUGAAGAUUCCAGCAACAGUUUUGAACCUAAAGUACCAGAGUAUUGUCAAAAAAAUGAGAGCAAUUUAAAAAUUGAACAGAAAAAAGAGAAACCUGUAAAAGUGACAUGCCAUAUUUGUAGUAAAGUUAUAAAUAGGUCGUACUACAAAGAACAUAUCACUAUGCAUGAUCCAAAUCAUAAGCAAUAUGUUUGUGAUGUGUGCGGCAAGUCAUUUCGCUUGAGAUGUGCAUAUCACAACCACAGCCUUAGGCACAGCGAGGACUUCCCAUUCAAAUGCAACUUCUGCCCAUAUAAAGGGAGAUAUAAAGAGUUAUUGAAAACACACAUGAAAACUCACACUGGUGACUAUAGAUAUAUGUGUACAGAAUGUCCAGCAAGGUUUUUAUUUAAAAGCAAUUUAAAUAGCCACAUGUUAAAGCACAAAGAACCACAGUUUAAAUGUGAUUCUUGUAAAAGGGCAUUCCAUACAAAGUUACUGUUACAACGGCAUUUCGAAGCUGAUCAUUUGGGUAUUAAGAAUCAUGUGUGCAAUGCUUGUGGGAAGGCUUUCGGUUAUAGAAACGCUAUGAUGAAACAUCAGAGACAUGUUCAUAAAAGAGAGAAAUUCUUAUUCGGCCGGAUGCCGGCUUAUUUAGAAGCUGAGAAUAAAAAAGUGGACUCAUAGAUUAAAUGCAGUGUUAAAAGUUUAUUAUGCUUGCUUUUGUUAAAUAUGCUGAAGUUGUUAAUUUAUUGCAAUAGCGAAUUAAUAACUAUUCUGGGAUUUUCCAUGUUAUAAAUAGGUUAAGAUUUAAAGUUUAAAAUGUGAUUAGUCUCAGUAACUACACCGAUAUUAAAAUUGUAAAUAAAUAUAAAUGCAUGUAUGUAUUUGUGUCUAGUAUUACAUAUACUAAAUGUAUGUAAAAUUAUUAUCAAAAAUCUAAGUCAAAAUUAAAUUAUGAUCUCA